AGCCGGCACGGCACGGCGCGGCCACAGAGCGGCCGGCCGGGACGUACUGGAUGUGACCGAGAGCCAUUGCCAUUCGUCCAGAGUUCAGAACAGCGGCGACCACCAUGGGGACAGCACGUUCAUUGGGCAGUGCAGGAUGCCUGCUGGCGCUGCUGGUGUCGUUUUCUUCGGCGGGGAUAUUCGACCGAAAUGAAGUCACGCCAGCGAUCAAGAUAAACCAGGGCCAGCUGACUGGCUUGUUCCAGACGAGCACGGGUGGCAAGAAGUUCAUGGCGUUCUACGGGGUGCCCUACGGAAUGCCGCCCGUCGGGGACCUGCGGUUCAAGGCCCCCCAGCCCGCCGCGGCCUGGGAAGGGGUGCGCGCCGCCCACAGCGAGGGCGACAUGUGUCCGCAGCCAACUCCACCGGCGAAACCGCAAGCCAGCGUGACGACGGCGGCCGACGCCCUGAAGGUGGUGGCGUCGCUGCCGGGCGCGGCCAAGGCGGUGGCGAGGCACAUGAUGCACGUGUCCGAGGACUGCCUGUACCUCAACGUGUACACGCCGGUGGACAAGCUGCCCGCCGACGCCGCGCUCCCCGUCCUCGUCUGGUUCCACGGCGGCGGCUUCCUCAUGGGCAGCGGCGACUACAUGAUGUACGGCCCGGAGACGCUCAUGGACCGCGGCGUGGUGCUCGUCACCCUCAACUACCGCGUGGGGCCGUUCGGCUUCCUGGCCACCAACUCGUCGGACGCGCCGGGCAACGCGGGCCUGAAGGACCAGCGGCUGGCCCUUAAGUGGGUCAGGGACAACAUUCAGCACUUCGGCGGCGACCCGGCCAAGGUCACCAUUUACGGCGGCUGCGCGGGGUCCGUGUCCGCGCACAUGCAGGUGCUGUCGCCGGGCUCCAAAGGCCUGUUCCACGGCGCCAUCAUGUCGGGCGGCACGGCGCAGAGCUUCUGGGCGAUGCAGUCGGACGUGGACGGCAACGCGCGCCGCCUGGCCGAGGCCAUGGGCGCCGGCGCGGACACGGUGGCGGACGCGGUGCGCCGCACGCAGUUCCUCCGCGACGCGCCCGUCAAGGACGUCCUCAAGGGCGUGGGCGCCAUGAUGGCCGAGAAGAGCGACCGCUCGCUGGUCCACAUCAACGUGUGGGCGCCGGUGGUGGAGGUGCCGGGCGGCGAGGAGCCGUUCUUCGAGCAGCACCCCGUCGACAUCCUGAAGGCGGGCGAGUUCAACACCGAGGUGCCCGUCGUGCUCGGCGUCAACGACAAGGAGGGCACGUGGAUCGCCGGGAGGGUCCACGACGACGACGUGACGCGGCUGCAGGCCAACCCGACGCUGCUCUUGACGCCCAACCUCUACGAGAAGCUCGACGCCAACGGGCGCGAGGAGCUGACGGCCAAGAUCAAGGACCUGUACUUCAAGGGGAAGCCCAUCGGCAAGGACACGCUCACCCUGGCCGCCGAUGUAUUCGGUGACGAGGCCAUCAUCCACGGCAACCACAUGGCCGCCCACUGGCACAUGAAGCACGCCAAGGCCCCCGUGUACCAGUACCUGUUCACGCAGGACGCGUUCGGGGUCAUCUCCUUCAUGAUGGGCACCAGCAAGACCAUCAAAGGCGCUGGCCACGGCGACGACUGGGGCUACGUGUUCAAGAACCACCUGGUGAGCGACGCCGGCACCACGGAGAAGGAGCGCUACGACAUGACCGUCAACAGGAUGUCCACCCUCAUCGCCAACUUCGUGAGCCAAAUGAACCCGACUCCGGCUAAGACCGACCUGCUGAACGUAGAAUGGGCGCCGUCGACGCUGGACAAGCCCGGCUACCUGGAGAUCGGCGACAACCUGGUCAUGAAGGACGGCAACGUGUUUCCGGAGCGAAUGCAGUUCUGGGAUGAAGCGUCCGGCAAGAUGUGAUUUACUGCCACUUGAAAUAGCGGCGGUGUGAGUCGAAACUAAAUUCAGGACGCAUUUUGUUCUGCCGGUGCCUUGCUUUUUGUAGUGGGGGGUAGUUGCAGAGUAGAGCUAGUCAAUCAGAAGUAGCUCCACAAUGAUAAGCUCAGGGCUGCAAUUUCAGAUUACUAAAUCUCUUUAAAAACUUGCCUCCCAUUCACGUAAAAUAAAUGUUGCGUGUAGAGGGAAUGCCCAGUGGUUUUUAGGAGACAGGGCAAGUAUUUGUUUCUAUAUGACAUAGUAUUAAAAUAUAAAAAAGCAAAAUAUA